AUGUCGUUUCAGCCAACGCAGUCCCUUAUCGAUGCUCUCCGUCUGGCCGACCAAGUGUCGUGCCCAUACGAACGCAGGUACAAGAAGAACACGAGGUACCAACGAACCCAAAGAAGCUCCAUCGCUAGAUCUAUGCCAACAUUGAUUGAGGAUAAGAAGAUUCCAGUAUUCAAUAAUGCUCCGAGAAAGUCAAUUGGGGCAACCAGCGAUCUUUAUGUUGAGAAGGAAGAGGGCAAGCCAAGAAUGUCUGUUGAAACGGUGGUCGGUCACAAGUUCGCCGUUGGGCAGAAAUUCAUGACGGGCCACGUGGACAAAAUGCGAAACGCGCAAGCUUGGGCUGAAAAGCAGUUUAAUAAGGCUCAUCAGUUCAUUCGAGAGCUGUCGGUCAGCCAGGCUGAUCCGAAAGACAUUUUUGCACAGUAA